UUUCUCAGAGUGUGUCUUCAACUUGCCAUGCUGAACUUUAAUAACACUACAGCCACCUCCUCCAGCUUCCUUCUUACUGCCUUCCCUGGCCUGGAACUUGCUCAUGUCUGGAUCUCCAUCCCUGUUUGUGGUCUCUACGCCAUUGCACUCUUGGGAAACAGCAUUAUCUUAUUUGUCAUUAUCAUUGAACGGAGUCUCCACAAGCCAAUGUACUAUUUUCUCUCCAUGCUCUCUGUUGUUGAUCUAGGUCUGACCAUCACAACCCUUCCCACAGUCCUUGGCGUCCUUUGGUUUCAUGCCCAGGAGAUCAGCAUUAAAGCGUGCCUCAUUCAAAUGUUCUUUGUGCAUAGCUUCUCCUUCCUGGAGUCUUCGGUGUUGGUGGCUAUGGCCUUUGACCGCUACGUAGCCAUCUGCAGCCCUCUGAAGUAUGCUACUUACCUCACAGACAUGAUGAGUGUGGUGAUUGGGCUGAUCAUCUGCAUAAGACAAGUGGUUUUCAUGUUUCCCUCAAUCAUGGCGGUGAACAGCGUGUCCUUCCAGGGAGGCCAAGAGCUUUCCCACCCAUUCUGCUUCCAUCCAGAUGUGAUCAAGUUCACACACACCAACCCUUGGAUCAGCAGUUUCUGGGGAAUGUUUCUUCAGCUCUACCUGAAUGGCACUGAUUUAUUGUUCAUUCUUUUCUCCUACGUCCUGAUCCUUCGUACUGUCCCCAGCACCGUGACACCUCAGAAGCAGCAGAAAGCUCUCAGUACAUGUGUCUGUCACAUCUGUGCUGUGACCAUUUUCUAUGUGCCAAUGAUCACCCUCUCUUUGGCACACCGUCUCCUUAGCACUACGCCCAGGGUGAUCUGCAGUGUUUUGGCCAAUAUGUAUUUGCUCUUGCCUCCUGUGCUGAAUCCAAUCAUUUACAGCUUGAAGACCAAGGUUAUUCGCCAGGCCAUAUUCCGGCUUUUCCGGUUCAAGGGCUCAAGGGGCAACGGUAUGAGGAACAACAGAGGAAGGUGGGAUAGAAGGAGUCGAUUUUCUAGCACAUGA